AUGCGACGUCGAUAUGAACGUCAGCGUGUUGCUAAGGCCAAGAUAAAAGCUUCCUCUACUGCAAUAACAGGCUCGUACCAUGGUCUUCAAUCGUCUAUUAUCUCUACUACGACAUCUACUACUACUUCGAAGAAACGACAGACAAUGGUUCAUGCAGCCGCACAGAUUAAAUUACACGUUCAUGGUCAUGAAUUUCAAAAUGGAGAAGAAAUUGUAUUAAAUCCCGAUAGUUUUCCACAACUUAAGGAAUUAAUAUGGAAAGAUUACGUUGUUGAAGUGUUUCAUCCGGAAUAUAUCGAGGAGAUACAGAGACGACGACGACGACAGACGUUUGCACUACCAAAACCAAUGGAUCGACUUUCGACGGUCAUGACUGAAUAUUCACCACAACAUCAUUUGCUCUUGGAAAUACCAGAAAAUAGUGCAGCACCAUUGAAAGGAAAAAUGCAAGUAAGUGUACUCAAGGAUACGGCCGCUUUCUUUCAAUUAGGACCGUUUAAGGAUGUGACGGUGCGUUUUCUACCAAAGACACAAGUUGAAGUCGAUUUUGUGGAAUUAUCACUCAAAGAUCAGUUCAUGUCAAGACGUGAUCUCAUGUACUUGCAACAAUCAAUGGUAGGCACGACACUUUAUGUGGGAAAAAUGAUUCGAGUGCAAGGAACACGGUGGCAAGUACUAGAUGUACGUACUGGUGGAAACAAAGUACGGAGUGGUGUGAUUUCAGCAAAAACCAAGUUUACAUUUCGAUCACGUACGUCACGAAUCAUGUGGUUGGUGCAAAUUAGUCCGGAAAUGUGGGAUAUGGCAAACUCGGGCAUGUUGUACUUGGAAAUUCUCCUGACGGUAGUACGGAACGUACUAAGCAAGUGGAUGAGACAAAAAGUCUCACAUAGCCUUACGAUUCUCUUUUAUUCUCGCUGUUUUUACCCAGAAAUGGACCAGGAUCAAGACGUAUCACCUUCGUAUCGAAGAUUUGUGUCCAAGACGAACCAAUCACAUGCAGCGGACGAUGAGAAACAGUCGUCGUUUCCGUACGAAAGAAGCGAUUGCUUUUCGGUUGGUGUCGAUGAAAAUGGCAGGCAUUAUCAGGACUUUUACAAACUGGUGGUGUUUGAUAGCAUAGUCACAGAUGUCCAGCCAUUGCUUGUGCAACUAAAGAAAGCAUUAAACACAUUCCCACGUGAAUGUGGUUGGCGAUCACCAUCUGACUUCUACGUCUCGUCAUUCUCUCGUGCAGAGUCUUUUGAGGAAAAGCCGCAUCCACGACCAGGAGUUCCUUCAAAUGCGCGUGACGGCAAUCUCCUCGAAGCUGUAAAUCUUGUGCUUAAUAUUUUUGAGAAGCACCAUAUUGACCGUGACUUAUCGCGCAGCGGUCAAAGUGUUGUGCUAAUUACGCCAGGAAACGGCAUUUUUUCGGUCAACAAGCGGCUGUCUGAGAUUACAGAGCAGCGCAUGAUGGAUCAUGGCAUCGGCAUUGAUCUUAUCUCGCUUGCGUCUCGCCCAUUGCACAAAUGCCCACUAUUCCUCUUCAAACAGUCCGAUCUAUCUGAAAUGAAACUUCCUGGUCGGAAAGAUUGCAAUCCUGCUACCGAGGUAUGCGUAUGCAACAACAAUCUACACGGUUCGAAGAGUGGAUAUCAGCGGUGCUCACGUACAGGUUUGAACGAAGCUGCAACAGAUUCACAGUCGGCAGUGACAGACACGGGAGUGCGAACAGGCCAGUUGUGCAAGUAUUGUUUGCAACGGAUGGAAAAUCGCAAGAAAUAUAUAGUUCCUCUCUGGAUUCCGCUUUGGUUUGUGCAAGAAAACAUGCUGAUCCCGCACGAUUGUCCAUUGGAUGAAGACAUCACCCAGUUUUGUGAUGUGUGCGCUCCGCAGAGCUCAAAACCCAAAACAUUCGAGCCGCUUCCGAUGUGUCGAAUGUUUAAAGACAAUGAUUUUACCCAUUUCAGCCACUUAUCGCUCCCAAAGCCACUGGAGCGUUUGUUGAACAACUUUCGAAUAACCGAGCCUGCACUGAGUGAUGAAGACUGCGACAAUAUUACCUCUGCCCUCGCACCGUCAGCUAGCGUAUCGCAUUACGACAACGUCAUGUUUGCUGGUCUCAAUAGUGAUCUUGUUCGUGCUCGAGCGUCUUCCAUGACAUGCUCUGACGACUCUCUUUCUUAUGAUGGCGAGGUACUUACCAAAGUCCGGGCUUAUUCUUUAUCCGAACAAAACAAGCUGCUGCAAGAAUUUGAAAGAUAUGAUGAUGAAGUCUUUGGAUUUGCAACACCGCUGAAAUGGGCACAAAAGUCAUCGGACAGCGACAUUAGUGUUCGCGUUGCCACAACACCUCCUCUUCGUCCAGGUAUGUUAUAUUUUACCUCGAUGACGAAGAAACGGACAGGGACGCUUGGAUUUCACUCAGGAUCGGUUGGCAAUGUAAACGAAAACGGAAGCAGCAUCGGUGUUGGAGCUCACUGGCGCCAAUUUGAACAAAGAGAGUCUUUUCCACGGAAUGUUGACAUGGUCGAGUACCAAGGAAGUCUGGAGGCUAAAGUCGGGUCAUUGGAUGACGACAAGGAUAAGUCUCGCAUUAAUUCGAGCUCGUUUCCAAGCACGUUUCAGUUGUGUGACGGCAGUGGUCCGAGCCAUACUCCUUUCAAUUCGAGCCCUAAUCUACGCCCUGCAGAAGGUGUUGUUAACGAAGACAUUUUUCACUCUCAAGCGUACAUGUUGAAGCAGCUCACAAGCAAUCAACGUCGAUGGAGUCAAGUUCGGCCAUAUGAAGAUCAGCAGUAUAAAAUUGCGCAGAAUGUUUUGAAAUGGAGAAGCCUGUGUUUUCCUGCACUUUUGCCACUAGCAAGUGACUUCAUGCCGGCACCAAAAGAGUUGCAAGCGCACUACACGGAGUCUUUUUACAGUGUAAUGCUUCCAGAACGUGACGAGCAAAACGGUGUCAUGUUCCGUGAUUAUCGUGAACUGGUGCUGGAAAUGGUGGCACAACGACUUUCCCAGGAUUUCCAACUUGUCUCGGUAGAAGUGUCGAGUGAAGUUGGUAAAAAAGCUGGCACUGUCUUUCGGCUUAGCAUGGGCCAUCGAAUCCACGAAAUUGUGUACAAUGAAGAGACCCAGACAAUUGAUGUAAAGCGCUACCUCCAGAAGGUAACAACACGCUCUGAUGUGGACAUCAUGGAGUAUCGCUACUCGCUUUGGUCGCCUGUUGUGAAUCAAUUUGUUGCAGUUGCGCAAGAAUUUCGCAAGUAUCCGCAGAUUGAAUACCAAUGGAAUCACCUGGAUCAACUAAUUUGCGGCUACAUCGAUGAUAUGAGCGAAGGAAUUCGCUACAAGCGCAACCUUUAUUGUCUAUUUCCGCCUCGACUGACAGGCACUGAUGUCGAUGACCGAGAAAACUUGCGAGAUUACGCCGAGAGCUGCCGCAAGUUUCUCGAAUUUUUGCGGGUCAAGGCAGACACUAGUACAGGGUUCCCGAACGUAAAGUUCUCAACCGAUUGGAGCCAAGAUAUCACGACAAGUGGCACGGAAGCUUUUAAACGUGUGGGUCAAAGGAGUGUCAAGAUGCUGUUAAAUACCAACGAUGCGGUAACAAGCCAGAACUGGGUGAUUACAAAGGUCGAUACGGAGGUGCUUCCGACGCAAUGUUACCACGUGGAAAUCCAGUGGCUUGUGUGCCGCAGCUCCCUUGUCGAUGACCUCAUUACUGGAAUGAGUCGUCGCGCUAAGCAACUCGGCCUUGAACUACAAAGGGUGACUGAAAACGGCAUUUCAAGCAACCUCGCCCUCCACCCGCUGAACUGUCCCAUUUUUCUGAAGAUUGAUGACUCGUUCGAGCGGCGAGAGGUGGAGAAGGUACUGGUUGAGCGCUUUGACUUUUGCUGCGAGGCGCUGCACCCAAUUCCAUUCACACACGUGAACCACAACGCGGAGUACGCGACCACGGCACAGCAGCCUCGGCCACCGCAUGCACGGCGCAUGAUCUCGUAUUAUCGGCAGUAUGUACACCGGUCAUUGUCGUGCUUUGCGCGGAUGACGCAUACCGGGUUGGUUUGGAUCUCGAACCAGAAGGUGCACGACGACGAGAUCCAGCCGAUCUUUGACGAAUUACGACGAUACAUUGAGUCCCUCCAGGUGGUGCGCUCGGCCCUGAUGAGCGUGCUAGAUGACGUGUUUGAGCCUGCAGAAGCAGGAGCACCGCCGCUACCGAUCAUGGUUGAAAAGGAUGCGCUGCCAAAGGGAGCAGCACAAAAGUCCGGCGUGGACGAAGACAGUGACAAUAAAGUAUCGGAGAGUGUGAGUGCAAGUGCGAGCACCACCAGCUGCAGCGAAGAGGAGAAAGAGAACAAUCCCGUGGCGAUCAACACGGUAGUGCGUAAUGCUCUUGCAGACAUGAAGCAGACAUUCCCGACAACUACAGCUGAUGCUUUUCAGCGCGAUACCUUGCACAGAGUCGCAAAUAAAUUUCUCUGA